AGUUGGGAGUUGCACGAUCUGAUAUUCCUCUGUCGGUUUCUUCCUAUCAUCAGAAGACUGCUGGUCCAGGAUCAGCAUUGCAACUGCCCAGUAACGUUGUGUGAUUAUUCAGUGAAACACUCACUGAAGUACUUUGUCACUGGAUCCUCUGGGGUUCCAAACAUCCCAGAGUUUGUGGGUGUACUAAUGGUUGAUGGGAUCCAGACUGGUUACUGCGACAGCAGCAGCAAGACAUUACAACCACAGCAGGACUGGGCGAAGAAACUAUUAGAAAACAACACUCAGCAGCGGGACUGGUACAACAAGAAGUGUUUUGAGGAUCAACCAAAACUUUUCAAAGACACGAUUUUUAGCUUGAAGCAGCAGUUCAACCAAGGUGAUGCUGUGCACAUUUUACAGAUGAUAGAAGGCUGUGAAUGGGAUGAAAACACUGGAGAAGUGACUGGUGUGUUACUGUAUGGUUAUAACGGAGAAGCCUUUAUGGAUUUUGAUCUGAAGACACUGACAUGGAUCGCACUGAAACCAGAGGCUGUCAUUACCAAACAGAAAUGGGAUACUGAUCGACUCAGAAUAAAACACAAAGAAAAUGACCUCACAAACAUUUGUCCAGCGUAUCUGAAGAUGUAUGUGGACCAUAACAAAGGUUUCUCACAGAAAAAAGUUCUUCCAUCAGUGUUUCUCCUCCAGAAGACUCCCUCCUCUCCAGUCAGCUGUCACGCUACAGGUUUCUAUCCUGGCAGAGCCGAGAUGAUGUGGAGGAAAGAUGGAGAGGAGCUGCAUGAAGGUGUGGCUCUGGGAGAGAUCCUCCCCAACAAUGAUGAGACCUUCCAGAUGAGUGUUGAUCUGAAUGUUUCAUCAAUCACCCCUGAAGACUGGAGAAAAUAUAAGUGCGUGUUUCAGCUCUGUGGUGUUGAGGAUAUUGUCAUGAAACUGAAUGAAGCAGUGAUCAGAACCAACACAGAGGAAAACAUUAGGAAAGAAAAUGCUUCUAGCAUGAUGAUCCCCAUCAUUGCUGCAGUGGUUGUUCUUGUUCUCAUCCUCGGUGCUGCUGUUGGAUUUGCUGAUUACAAAAAGAAGAAAAAAAGCGAUACUGAACCAUCUCCGGGCAACACCUUUGAACUUGAGAUCUUGAUCUCUGAGAGACUGAAUCCAGAGACUGCACAGACAAACACAGCACACUACUGAAACAUGUUAGGACCAAAGAAGAUUUUUGUUCAUUUUAUUAUUUUUAUUAAUUAUAUUUCUUAAGU